GUAAGUGGCCCACGAUCGCGCAGCCACCGCCGCCGCCAUUUCCACUGUCAACCUCACAUUGUGUCUCUUCUUCUCCUCGCUCCCUUCGCCUAUAAAUGGCAGCGGAUGCAGAGGCCGAACCUGGCACACGAUUCACAACUCACAAGCUCAGCUCGUUCUCACCUACUGGCGUUACACAUCCCUUCUUUCUUCGCUUCCUUCCGCUCCCGGAGCCGACAGCAAAUUUCAGCUUUGAAUUACGCCGUAUUGGGCAGAGGAAGCUUAGCCGAUCGAGAUGGUGGUGGUAGUGGCGCCGUCGGUGGAGGAGAAGAGAGAGGGCGGCGUGGUGCUGAUCAGGGAGUACCAGGCGGACCGCGACCGUGAAGCGGUGGAGAACUUGGAGCGCAUGUGCGAGGUCGGGCCAAGCGGCGGGGGCGGCAUGUCCCUCUUCACCGACCUCCUCGGCGACCCUCUCUGCCGCGUCCGCCACUCGCCGUCAUUCCUCAUGCUCGUGGCGGAGAUCGCGAUCGGACAGGAGAACAGAGCAAUCGUCGGCAUCAUUCGCGGCUGCGUCAAAAUCGUAACUUGCGGCACCAAAAAGCCUCGUCUCGCCGCCGGCGAUCCUGCUGGCGCUUCCCCUAUUCCCAUUUACGCCAAGGUUGCCUACCUCCUCGGCCUCCGCGUCUCCCCCUUUCACCGGCGGAAGGGGAUUGGGCUGAAAUUGGUGGAGAGAAUGGAGGAGUGGUGCGAGGAGAAGGGAGCGGAGUACGCGUACAUGGCGACGGAGAAGGACAACGAGGCGUCGAUCCAGUUGUUCACCGGGCGGUGCGGGUACACCAAGUUUCGCACGCCGGCCAUCCUCGUGCAACCCGUGUUCGCCCACCGCAUUCCGCUCCCCGGCGCCUCCGUCGUCCUCCGCCUCCCCAGCGCCGACGCCGAGGUGCUCUACCGCCGCCGGUUCGCCGGCACAGAGUUCUUCCCCCGCGACAUUGACGCCGUGCUCCGCAAUCCCCUAUCGCUCGGCACCUUCCUCGCAGUCCCGGUCGGUUGCGCCGCCGCGGGGCGGUGGCAGGGAGCAGAGGCCUUCCUCGAAGCGCCGCCGCCGUCGUGGGCGGUGGCCAGCGUGUGGAACUCCAAGGCGCUGUUCCGGCUGGAGGUCCGCGGGGCGGCGCGGUGGCGGCAGGCGCUUGCGCAGGCGACCCGCGCAGUCGACCGGGCCCUCCCGUGGCUCCGCAUCCCGUCGGUGCCGGACCUCUUCCGCCCCUUCGGCCUCUACCUCGUCUACGGCCUCGGCGGCGAGGGCCUCGCGGCGCCCGACCUCACCCGCUCCCUCUUCCGCCACGCGCACAACAUGGCCCGCCGCGACGCCGGCUGCCGCGUCGUCGCCGCUGAGGUGGCCGCCUGCGACCCCCUCCGCCACAAGAUCCCCCACUGGCGCCGCCUCUCCUGCGCCGAGGACCUCUGGUGCCUCAAACGCCUCGCCGGAGAGUACGGCGAGGGCGGAACCCUCGGCGACUGGACCAAGGCCCCCCCGCCGCCGUCCAUCUUCGUCGACCCCCGUGAAUUCUAAUCCCAUAACGUAACGGUGGACCCACAACACGGGAUAUCCGUUAUGUAAAGCGACACGAAACGGCCUUUUACAUAACGCUUUUUAUUCCUUUUUUUUCCCUCCCUCCCUUUAGAUUUCCUUGUAACGGUUGGAAAGGAGAGAGAGAGCACCUCAUGAGAUAUGGCAAUCCAUGAAAGCAAAAGAAGAAAGAUAUGAAAGAACUAUAACUUGUCCUUUUGUUAUCUAAUGUGAGGUCUUGAACGCUUGUAUUCGUUUUUUUAAUCUUUUUUAUGACAAGGAAUUUAACAAGAUAUUGAC